AUCGUACGAGCUAUCCUGUUCACUCGUGCUGACCGGAAAGAACACUGAAAUACUUGCUGGGUUGACGUUUGUUAGGAGGCCCCGCGCUUAUGCUUGUGUGGGUGCGACUCCAGGUGGAAGAGAGUGGGAGAAGGAGUACAAGUUGAGAAUUUGACCGAGUAUAAAGUUAAAACGUACAACUUGUCAGUUUGCAGUGUUCAUUCUUGUUUCAUAGUACUUUCAGAUUUAGGAGUGAAUGAUUGUAUUAGAUUUCGGUGUGAAGAACUUCAUAAAUUUUAAGAAAGUUUAAUAGCAGCAUGAAUGAAGAAAAUCUAUGUCUCGCUCAAGCUAUGGUGGGGAUGAAGCUGGAAGAUAAGGCAGAAUCUCCUAGGAAGACUGUUGUCAGUAAGGUUCAAGAGAAAAUUUUCAGGCGCACACGCUCCCUCAACGCUCCGUCGCCCAUCCAACAAUUCGGACCGUGCGGGCGCAUCAUGAAAAACUCUGCCAUGGUCAUGACAAUCCAGGACCCGGCGAGCCAGCGGCUGACGUGGUACAAGCCCCCGCUGACGGUGCUCGUCAUCAAGAAGGUGCGCGAUGCAGCGGUGCUCCAGCCCUUCGUGCAGCUCGUCACUUGGCUCAUCGAGGAGAAGCGCAUGGUGGUGUUCGUGGAGCAGGCGGUGCUGGAGGAGGCGUCACUGCAGGCGAGCGCUGACUUCUGCACGCUGCGCGACCGCCUCAUGACCUUUCGCGACGGCAAGGACGACCUCACCGACAAGAUCGACUUCAUCAUCUGCCUGGGCGGGGAUGGCACCUUGCUCUACGCCAGUCAACUCUUCCAGCAAUCUGUGCCUCCUGUUAUGGCAUUCCACUUGGGAUCUCUUGGCUUCCUCACACCAUUUGAAUUUGAUAACUUUCAAGAGCAAGUUACAAAUGUAUUGGAAGGCCAUGCUGCUUUGACAUUACGCAGCAGGUUACGAUGCAUGAUUAUGAGGAAAAAUGAUGGCAAUAAUGUCAGUGUUGGAGUUGGCAAAGCAGCUUUAAACAGCCCAAUAAAACCACCUUCAACCUUCUUAGUGCUAAAUGAAGUAGUGAUUGAUCGAGGUCCAUCCCCGUACCUCUCCAAUAUUGAUCUCUUUCUUGAUGGCAAGCAUAUCACUUCAGUUCAAGGAGAUGGGCUUAUCGUAUCUACACCAACAGGUAGCACUGCGUAUGCUGUGGCAGCAGGUGCAUCUAUGAUUCAUCCUAAUGUCCCAGCUAUCAUGGUGACACCUAUUUGCCCACAUUCACUCUCCUUCCGCCCAAUUGUUGUACCAGCUGGGGUGGAACUAAAGAUAUUGCUGAACAGUGAUGCAAGAAGUACAUCAUGGGUGUCCUUUGAUGGCCGCAAUCAGCAAGAGAUGCGUGUUGGAGAUAGCUUGCGAGUCACCACCUCAGUGUACCCAGUACCUUCCAUAUGUGCUCAAGACCAGAUAUCAGAUUGGUUUGACUCUCUAGCUGAAUGUCUCCACUGGAAUGUGAGAAAACGACAGAAACACUUGGAUGAACUCAGUGACCUGACACAUUCUGGUUCCAAUGACACUUUGGAUUCACUAGAUCAUGCAGACCAACUUGAUAAUUACAGUGAUCUUCAUUCUUGAGAAGGUGCUUAUGGCUGUGGUUUUAACAUACAAUCAUGGGAGUUUCUACAACAUCUCAGUGGUCGAUAAGUGUUUAAGAGUCAAAUGGAUGAUGUAGGCUCAACUGCAAGAGGUGCUGAAUAGAAAAGAGAAGAAUUUGGUUAUUUCUGUCUAAAGUUUCAGAACUUCUUUUAAUUUGAAAGUUGAUGUUUAUUUGCACAUGAGUACAUAUAUGUUUUAUACUUGUUGAGAUUUGAAAAGGUAUCUUGUGAAUGCCUAUUGAAACGUGAAUUUUUAUAUUAUUCACUGUAUCUGUUUUUAUAUUUUGAAACUUGAUGUGUGGUUGUAUAUUUAUUUGUCCUUUCUUCAUUUUCAUUCAGUCAUUUCCCUUUUGUUAAUUGCUUUCUGGUAUUCAACAUUUACAUAUUACAAAAAUCUAAUUGUCUGAAAUUUUCAUUUUUACUUGUAAUAUCACUUCAAUUAAAUACUUAUAACAUACAUUUAGAACAAUAUAUUUGUGUAUCUACAUCAGAAAAUCAGGUUUGUUUUGAUAUUCAGAAAGGAUGCCUAUCAAUUUUUCUCUUGUGUCUCAAAUAACUUGCCAAAUUAAAAGCAUAUUACAAGUAGACUGAAACCAACAUUUCAUUGCAGAACAUGCUUUGAAAAGAAACUGUUAAAUCGGGACCAUUGAUUGGAUUGCUAAUGUAGACAGUUCAUUUUAUUGUGAUCAAAUCAACAUCUUUUUUAUCUAUUUACUAAGGAAUAAUUGUAAAGAAAAUUAUCAUUUUUGUAAAUGAGUGUGAGAAAGUGGAUUAAUCCACUGUUAGCAGAUGCCAAGCUCUCUUUAUAUUAAUAAUGAGGCAAAUAAAUAAUGUAUGAUAGAGAAUGUAAAUAUUUCUGUAGCACUAGUGUUAUUUGGGUAUUGAGGUGUUGAAACAAGGGUUUUUGUGCGAGAGUAUUUAAUUAGGUUUCAUCCUUUAUUUUUUACAUGUCAUUUUCUAAUUGGGACAAUGUUUCACUUUCAAAUUAUACUCUGACAUGUUUUCUUUUAUUCCUACCGAAUAUUAGCUUUAGAGUUGUAAGUAUUCUGAGAAUGGUCAUGUUGGGAAAGAAGAAAAAAAAAAAAAUAAUAAUAAUAAUAAUUAUGAUAUACAGAUAUGAUACUAUGAUGAUUUAUGUUUUUAAUAUUUCACAUAGAAAAAUUCAGUAUUAUAACGUGUAAAAUUGUUAUUUCUUAAAGUUUUAAAUGACUAUUCUUUGAUGAUGUAGUUAGCAGAGGAGAAUGUUACAGUUUGUUUUACAAAAUGUAUGAGGCCACAUCUGCAGAAACUAAGGGAGAGUUUAUUUCUUGAAAAUAAUAGCAAUAUGUUAUUAAUUGAAAAAUUGAUUAGCUUUAAACCUAAAAAUAUGAACAAUCAUAAUGGUAAAUAAGUGGUAUUUCAGAAGAAUUCUAUUUAAAAAAAUUUGUAAUGGACUUAAAGUUAUAGCAAUGUUUUAUGCAACGACCAAAUCUUUGUUGCUUUUGGCAGCUAUUAUUCAGGAAUUCAAAUAUAACUUGAUCACAUGCUGUGUGAGUGUGUGAAAGUGAUGGACUUUUCAUGAAUGUGUAUUAUAUUGUGUGAAUUUGCAAAUGUAGGUGGUGCUAAAGGAGUUGAGAGUUUGGUUUUAAUUUUUUUGUUGUAAAUUAAUAGAAAUAUUCAAGUUGAAUCUAUGAGAGAAGGUACAAAGUAUCUCUUUACAUACAAAUUAUAUAAGUUGGAAGAAGUAAGGAUUACCACAAUGCAAGAAAUUUUAAAAUUCUAUUUUACUUUUAUUUAUACAUUUCUCUAUAUCUUUAGCACCAGCAUAGUACAUGAACUGUCUGGUGACAAAAAAAAUAUUUCAUAGGUAUCAAUAAAAUUUUGUUCUUUUUAUGUAAAAUCCAACCAGUUAUUUCUUUUAUAUUGUCAUAUCUUUUAUCUUAUCAUAUCAAAAGAGAAUGCAGGUUUAAAAAAAAUGAAAUAUCUGAAUUUUCUGAAGGAAAUUUGUUUACACUGCUGUAAUUUUAGUACUAUUAGGGCCUAUUUGUUUCCUGAAGUAAUUGUGAGACAGAUAAUGGUUGUGUAAAUAGCAUAAAAUUAAAAUCAUAAUGUUCA